GUAUCGAAUAAUACUUAUUAGCGAUAUCAGUUUCUCUCAUUCGCUUCUCCCACGGCACCGAUUAGUGUCGGAGGGAAAGAAGAAAUCUAGGGUGGAGACACAGAACGGCAAGAUAAGCCGCCGAGAGAAGCCCAAUAGACCACCAUGCUUCGACUACUUAGCACCGUCGUAACCUUCACGCUCUGGGCCUCGGGGGUCCUCGCCACCUUCGACCCGGACGCCUCGGACCACAUCGCCAUCUACUGGGGCCAGAACUCGGCGGGCGUCUCCGACGCUAGCAAGGCCCAGCGGUCCCUGUCCGAGUACUGCGCCAGCACCAACGUCGACAUCAUCCCCAUCGGCUUCCUCUCCAGCACCGACCCGGUCACGAUCGACCUGAGUAACAUGAAAGACAACAACAACAUUGGCGAGGAGAUCACGGCGUGCCAGCUCUCGGGCAAGACGGUGCUGAUGUCGGUGGGCGGCGCGACGCUGGCCACGGGGUUCGCGACGGCGGAGGCGGCGGCGGCGGCGGCGGACCAGGUGUGGGGCAUGUUCGGGCCGGUGGGCGCGGGGGACGCGUCGGCGGCGCGGCCGUUCGGCGCGGCCGUCGUCGACGGCUUCGACCUCGACAUCGAGGCGCCGCUGGCGCACGUGGGCGCGUUCGCCGCCCGGCUGCGCGCGCACCUCGACGCGGCCAACGGCGCCGCCGGCGGCCGCCGCUUCUACCUCUCCGCCGCGCCGCAGUGCCCCUUCCCCGACCGCAACAACGCCGAGCUGCUGCACGGCCCCGGCGCCGUGCGCUUCGACUUCGUCAUGGUGCAGUUCUACAACAACGAGGGCUGCGACGUGCGCGCCUUCGCCCCCGGCGGCGCAGGCGCAGGCGCAGGCGCAGGCGGAGGAGGAGGCUUCAACAUGGCCCAGUGGGACGCCUGGGCCCGCUCCGCCGCCGCCGCCGACCACCCCGCCGUCAAGGUCUUCCUCGGCGUGCCCGGCGCCGAGUCCGCCGUCGCGCCCGCCCAGCGCGGCUCCUACGCGGCCCCCGCGGCCCUCGCCCCCAUCGUCGCCUACAGCCGCCAGUUCCCCAGCUUCGGCGGCGUCAUGGUCUGGGACAUGUCCCAGGUCUGGGCGAACCCGGGCUUCCUCGACGCGCUGGCCGCCAGCGACGGCGGCCAGUCGGGCCAGCAGGCGGCGCAGGAUAAGAACUCCGCGCGCGCCCGCCUCCCCGACCCCGAGCAGACCCCGGCGAACCACGCGUCGGCGGCGCGGCUGGGCCGCGGUCGGGACCACCCCCGGCAGUGGACGCCCCGGGACGCGGCACGCUCGCUGGGCGGGUGGCUAUCGUGAGGGGGCGUGCACGUUUACCACGGAGAGAGAGGAUCUCGGCACCAGAUCCGGUCAGACAUUUACCUCGCGCUCCCCUAUCACGCAGCAACUCACGGCCAGAGAGGGUAGUGAAAUCCCCGCGACGGAGAGGCGCGUCGAGGCGCAGGCUAUAAUAGUCUGGUAAUUCGGUUGCGGAGCGAAGGAGACGGGGCGUGUACAUAUUAGGGUUAGGCUGCUUAGAGGAGGCCGAGAACGAGGGAGGGAACGACGCCUCGGUGCGUCGAGGCGAACGGACGCUGCGACGGUCUCGCUGGGAGAAAGAGGAUAAGCACCUAUAUUACACACAGAAGUUGCCCCGAUGUGCAUCCAAGGAGCUUGGCUCGACCCCUCGCUGGUUUGUAUAUUAGGCGUCGA